UGCUUGCGUAAAGAACUGAACUGUGGCUGCGAUGUUUAUUUGGGAAAAAUGUGGCGAUACUUCAGUUAUCGGACGGAACGCGUCGCGAGCAGAACGCUUUUUUCUCUCUUCGAUCUAGUUUUUUUUUCCUCGGAAGCUUACCUAUCGAUAAAAGUGGAUGAUAGUUUAUUGUGGCACAAGGUGAAGCGAAAGUUCUUUGGGGGAGAUUUUGGGAUGAAAGUGCAAGUGCAAGAAGACCUGUGCUAACUGGGAGUGUUCUGUGUAAGGUGUUGUGGGUUGGUCUAUUUUGCAUCGUUACCACCCAUGAGAAAAUAAUAAAAGGAUACAUGGAAAGAUCCUCUAACACAGUUCAAUUGGAUAUUUUGGCGAAUUACUAGAAAAGAUGGAAAUUUGACUUCAAACCAUAACAGCCGGGUGUUUGCUGCCGUGUGUGGGUUCGUCCCACUAAAACCACCUUGGGCUUCGUGUGCCAGAUGUGCCCCUUGGUUUCACCCUAUGAUACUACAUCAAGGGGUAGGCUGUGCUCAUGCACUUAUACAUCUCACCCUUUUCCUCUUUCUCAAUUUUUCCUCAAUUUCUCCUUGAUCAUCGUUCUGCUUUAUCCUUCUUCCUCCUUCUCCUUUUCCUCUAUCGUCAACUUCAGACUGGUACGGAAGACCCCGAAACGUGUGCCGGUUAGGUAACGCUUUCAUAAUAACUCACGCCCGUCACAGCAUCCACUAUCCCGGGGACCUCGAAACGUGUGCCGGUUAGGUAACGCUUUCAAAGUAACUCGCGCCCGUCACAGCAACCACUUCCGCAGGAUUUCUAACCACCAAGGCAUGGCCGAUUGAGAAACUACCAAGCUAGAAUCCCGACACGACCACCCCGAAUGGUAUCUCCGCUUCCUUUUGCUGCAGGAAAGAUCGUAGCUGAACUGAAACCACCGGGUCACGAUGUUCCUUCCCCUGAUCCCGCUGCUGCUUGAACUAGUACUGCUUGUCCAAUGCUACCACCCACGGCAGGUAAAUCUGUUCGAGCUGCUUUUCGAUGAAACCAGCAUAUUUCUGCGAAACGACACCGUCAAGAGGAUACCGGAUACCUACGAGUUCUACAAGGAGUACGAUUUCAUCGUGAUUGGAGCCGGUUCGGCCGGAGCUGUCAUUGCCAACCGGCUUUCGGAGGUUAAGGGCUGGACCGUGCUGCUGCUGGAAGCCGGCAAGGACGAAAACAUCCUGACCGAUGUCCCGCUGACGGCCGGUUUGACUACUAUCACAGGUUACAACUGGGGCUACCGGGCGGAUCCGAUGAAGGGAGCCUGUCUGGGACUGCGGGAUGGCGUCUGUAGCUGGCCAAAGGGUCGAGGCCUCGGCGGAACAAGUUUGAUCAAUUUUCUCAUCUACACCCGGGGCCAUCGACGGGAUUACGACGAUUGGGCCCAGGCCGGCAACUAUGGCUGGACCUACCGGGAAGUGCUGCAGUAUUUCAAGAAAUCUGAGCGGGUCAAAAUCAGAGGAUUGAAACGAUCUCCCUAUCACUCUAAUGAUGGAUAUUUGGACGUAGAGUAUUCUUCGUAUGAAACUCCGAUGUUGCGUUCGUUUAUCGAAGCUGGGAAGCAGCUUGGGUACCAGGAAAAUGACCCCAAUGGAGAGGUUUUGAUGGGAUUUUCAAAGGCCCAAGCCACUAUGAGAAAUGGUCGAAGAUGUAGCACGGCUAAAGCUUUCCUAAGACCCGCAGCGAUGAGGCCAAAUUUACACAUUUCAAUGAACUCACGAGUUACGAGGAUUUUGAUUGAUCCUGGCACCAAGACAGCGUAUGGAGUUGAGUUCAUCAAAGAUCGACGAAGGUUUGCUGUGAAGGCGAGAAAAGAGGUUAUCCUAUCGGCUGGAUCGAUAGCAUCUCCCCAGCUGUUGAUGCUGUCUGGAGUUGGUCCCGGUGAACAUUUGCAGGAAAUGGGCAUCCCCAUUAUUCAGGAUUUGCGAGUGGGGUUCAAUUUGCAAGACCACGUAACGUUGCCAGGAUUGGUGUUCACCGUUAAUCAACCGGUUACGAUUCGAGAACAGGACAUGAGGGCGCCUCCCAUCGUUUUCGACUAUCUACUGAAUGGAAGAGGGCCUUUUACGAUUCCCGGAGGAGCAGAAGGUUUGGCUUUCGUUAAGACGAAUGUCUCGUCGUUGCCUGCCGAUUAUCCGGAUAUAGAGCUGGUCCUCGGAACCGGUGCUUUCAACAAUGAUGAUUCUGGCUCGUUGCGGGCGGCUUUCGGAAUGAGUAAGGAAUUUUACGACAACACUUACAACACGAUAGCGGGAGUCCAUGCCUUUGCCAUUUCUCCGGUUCUGUUGCGCCCAAAAAGCCGAGGAAGAAUAAUGCUGAAGAGCCGUAAUCCAUUCCAUUGGCCCCGGAUGCAGGGUAAUUUUUACGAGAAUUAUGACGACCUGGUGGUGCUGCGGGAGGGAGUGAAGCUGGCGGUGCAAAUUGGGGAGUCGGACAAAUUUAAACGCUUCGGAGCGAAACUUCACCGGCAACCGUUCUAUGGAUGUGGGCAUUUGCCGUUUCGCAGCGACGAAUAUUGGGAGUGUUGCAUCCGGCGAAUCGGAACCAGUUUACAACAUCAGUCUGGGACGUGCAAGAUGGGCCCCGCGUCGGAUCCCUCGACGGUCGUCAAUCCGGAACUGCAGGUUCACGGCAUCAAAAACCUCCGGGUGGCCGAUUGUUCCGUGUUCCCCACCAUUCCAGCAUCCCACACCAAUGCGGUGGCCAUGAUGGUUGGCGAGAAGGUGUCGGACAUGAUCAAACAGCAGUGGCGCAACGGAAUUCGGUGAUGAUUGCUUGGACCCACCCUCUGAUGCGGGAUUGUCUCUCAGUGAUUAUUGCUUAGUAUGAAAUCUCUAGUCAAGAUUUUUGGAAUCUCACGAGCCUUGAUGGUGGACCACUGAUUUCAUUACAUUCAUUUUUACCAUUAAACUGAGUUCAUGUCUAGCGUAUUUAUGCAUUAUCGAAGUUGCAUUUAUCGAUUAAAAAAAAACAAUUAGAAAAAAAAUGUGUGUUGAAAAAAAAGAUAUUCAAUCUGGAAGUUGAGUCUUUGAAGAAGCAUCUUCCAAACGCCAGUGGCUGUUGACAGUAUUUCAUUCACAUUUCAGUGUUGAUAAAAUAUGUAAUUCCUUAGAACGAAUGAGCAAUAAAUAAAAUUGUUUAAGACUGUUUAGCAUUAAAAUCCCUCAUGAAGUCUGUUUUUUUUUAUUUAGGUACCUACAUUCAUUUAUUCCGGAAAUCCAUGUCUGCAUAUGAAAAAAUCCAAAAACCAAUAUUUCAGUAUUGAAGGUUUUUAUUUUCUGAGAAGAUGUGAACCAAGGAUGGAAUUUCUUUUCCGUGGAGGCUUGACCCUGUUGUGAUUUCAAUAAGACAUUGUGUGGGCCAAGCUAAGCGUUGAGAAUAGUGCUGAACACAAUGAGACGCCAAAUGAGGCAGUCGGUAUUAAUCGCUAUAGUAACAGAUCGAUCAUGCGUCGAAAAGGCCUGCUCAGAGCCCGUUUUAAUGCAGUAAUUAACUAGAUCAGUAAUGAACUUCGACAAACAAGACUUUCUUGUCGCAGAUUCGCUCAUUCGUAGAUUCAUGUGUUGCGAAUAAAUGCCUUAUUAGCUGGAGAGAUGGAAAAUUGGGAAAUUAUUAAAAACGAUGUCUACUCAGCGGAAUGUACCGAGUAUCAAAAAGAUUAAAAUGUACGGUUUACUGGAAAUAUUUAGAGCUCAGAAAUUGUUUGUUUUAUAUAUCAGUAGAUAUUUUGAAGCUUCAUUGAAAUAAUUGAGAUUUAUGUAAUUUUUUUCCUACAUUUGAAAAUUAUCUAUUACCCUUAAAAAUUUAUUUCAUUACGAAAAACACAAAUUUUAAUUGAAAAACCUUUCAUUACCCAACAAAAAUGAUCGAGAAAUAAUAAAACCAAAAAACUAAACAGUUAUUAUCAUUUUUGAAGCGUGUGGAUAAAAAGCUUCGGUGUGAGGCAAAAAACCUUUAUCUUGUAAAAGCGGGAACUGUCAAAUGAGUUCCUGGAAAAUUUCAACAGCGAGAGAUUGAUCGAGCAAUAAAUUUCUUGUAAAACGAGUCCAAGUUCGCAAACUGGAGGCUCCCGGUUUUAUCGUCGGAUUUAUUCUUCCAUAUUCUUCUAGAAUCAUCUUCAAAGUGAAUUUUCUUCAAUUCUAAAUUAUUUUCCAUAAUUUUGGGAUUUUUUUUUCACAUAUAAAGCGGCCCACCACACUCCCCCACACCAAAAAGCUCAUAUGAGCCCCCUGGUUAUGGACGCUUUCUGUUCUCAGCAUGUCUGGCAGCAAUCAAAAAAACAAAAACGCGAGCAAAAUUUAUUCAUGCUGAGAACCUUAACAAAAAUGUUUUUUUACUUAAUGCGAGGGAAUGAAGCUAGACAAGUAAACUAAACAAAACUAAGAAUGAAUCUCAGUGGGAAGAGUAUUCCUUUGAAGAGAUCCAUAUUUUAUAAAUAAGUAAUACAAAAAAAAAUUAAAAAUUAAUUGAUAAAGCUAAUAUACUAACUAGGAAAAAAUAUUUACAAAAAAAAUGUUAAUGUUACUUUAGAAAA